AAAUGCGCUGCUGAACAAAUCUCAACUGGCAAUCUCUUCCAUCUUCACUCGUAAGGAUGCGUGUCAGCGGAUUUCUCGUCUUCAUUGCCUGUAUCAUCGCUUGGGCUUUUGCAUCACCGAUAAGCGAUUCGGAAGCAGCCUACAGGAUAUUGAAUAAAUAUCUUCAACGAUUUGGGUCCGAUGAUCUGCAGGACUACUACUUGGCUGGAGAUCAUGGCUCGAUCAAGCGCGGAUUGGGCCCAAGACCUCUACGUUUCGGCUAAGUGGACGUUGAUGGGUAGAGUGAUAGUUUGAACGCCAACACCACGCCAAAAACUCUAACUACACAUACCCACCUCGUCAAUGCGUCUAUCAAAUCUCUACAAGGCCAACAUCCACCAAAUAACAUCUAUCUAUUUACUGUCUUACUUUGCUGUCGUUCGCUGCUAUGAUGU